AUGACACAACCCUCUGGUGUGCUUGGCAAACACCUAUCCAUUGCUGAUGGUACUCCUCUCGAUGAUCCCUUUAUCUACAGAAGCACAAUUGGUGCACUGCAAUACCUUACCACAACAAGACCUGAUAUUGCAUACAUCGUCAAUCACUUAAGCAAAUUUCUUCAAAGACCAAUUGAUAUUCACUGGCAGGCUGUCAAACGUAUCCUUCGGUACAUCAGCGCCACUAAACACUUUGGUUUGUUAUUCCAACCUAGCUCCGACCUAUCAAUCUUUGCAUACUCUGAUGCAGAUUGGGAUUCCAACAUCGAUGACCAAAAAUCAAUUGCAGCAUACUGUGUAUUCAUUGGAAACAAUCUCGUGUCUUGGUCAUCCAAAAAGCAAAUGGUUGUUGCUCAAUCGAGUACUGAAUCUGAAUACUGGGUCUUAGCAUACACUGCCUCUGAAGUUAUCUGGCUUAAUCAACUGAUGUCGGAACUUGGAAUGUUGUCCUCUAUAAAGCCCAUCAUCUGGUGUGAUAACUUAAGCACCGCUACGAUUGCCACCAAUCAUGUGUUUCAUGCCAGAACUAAACACAUUGAGAUUAACACUCAUUUUGUAAGAGAUCAUGUUCUUUGGGGAGCCUUGGAAGUUCGGUACGUUCCUUUGGCCAGUCACUUGCCGACUGCCUCACAAAAUCGCUCACACACUCUCACUUCCAGUCUCUUCGUUUCAAACUCGGCGUAA